AUGGAGCAGCAAACAUUCCGCCGCCGCGGCCUGGGUCUCCGCGGGGUCGACGAGCAUCGAGUCUCACCCGGCUACGUCCUCUACUCCCCCUUGACCUCCAACACGGCCCACCUGGUCUCAACAACCGGCGAAGAAGUCCACAGCUGGACUCUACCCCACCGUGCUGGUCGACACUCCCGUAUCCUACCCGAUGGCAAUCUCGCCUACAAUGGCGUGCACCCAGACGCACCCUCGCUAUUCCCUAUGUGGGCGAAAUACCGUGGCGGCGUGAUGAUGCAGGUAGACCCUGCUGGAAACAUCCUGCGGCAGUAUUCCGAUCCCUACGCGCAUCAUGAUCAGAAUCACCUAGACGACGGUACUAUUCUCUACACAACACUCGAGGCUCUCACACCCGAAGAAGCGGCACGCGUCCAGGGCGGGAUAGAAGGCAGCGAGGCACCUUCUGGUACUAUCUAUGCGGACUGCAUCAAGCUCGUGGACCCAUGGUCUGUCUCGAAUACUUCGUCAUCUUCUGACUUUGACGGCUCGGGUGGGAAGGGCGGUGCAAAGCUCCUAUGGUCGUGGCGGGCAAUCGACCAUCUCGAUACGACUGCUUUCGCUGCGCAUGCUCACUACACCCGUGAUCACUGGCCGUUGAUCAACAGUGUCGCCUUCAAUUCAGAGGGAAACAUCAUCGCCUCAACCCGGAAUGCAUCCACUGUUUUCGUCAUCGAGCGUGCGACAGGCAAAGUUAUUUGGACCGUAUCUGCGCCGACGGUAUGCCAGCAGCAUUGUGCGCAUCAGAUCAACGAAGAGGGGGAUAUACUUGUUCUUGAUAAUGGCGUAUUCAGACCAGGUAUCUCGGUGCCGUUUUCAAGAGCUGUCGUUGUUUCCCCGGAGAAGGAGGUUAAGUGGGAAUAUAAGGAUUUCUCAACUGGUGGUCUGGGAUUUUUCACGCCAUUUAUGGGGUCUGCACAGCAAUUGAAGAACGGGAAUGUCUUGAUUUGCGAGGCGGCUACUGGGCGUAUUUUUGAAGUUACGGUGGGUGGGGAUAUGGUUUGGGAGUUUGUUGUGCCUCAGUUGCAGGAUUAUAAGGGAGUUAUGGCGGAUACGGAGUUGAAGGAGAUGGAGCGCAUUGGGUUUUCGAAUCAGAGUAACGCGGUCUUUAGAGCCUACAAGUACCUUCCUGAGGAGGUUCGCUGGUUAAAGGCGAAUUGA